AUGCCCUCCGAUGUGUCUUCGGCGGCGACUGCGUCGUCCUCGUCGCACAUGAUGAAGACCACAAAACGCGGCAGACCAUUCCUCAAGGAUACGCUCGACCUGUUCGCAACCCUCAUCGUGUCUUUGGAGCUUUCAUCGAACAAGCAGUUCUUUCGGACUUUCCAUAAUUCAUUCACAACUGACGAUGCCGCAAAGAACCUCGCUUCGCUCAAGUUUUCCCAAUCGAAUCGUGGGCCUGACCCUCGAGAACCCUCACGGAUAGUGACGACCACGACCACGACCACCUUUUCCAUGACCCGCGAAAUGGCCAAGGCCAUGUGCCAGCAAUUCAUGGAUGCGCGUCUCAUUGAAAAUGCCGCGGACCCUGGCUCCAACCUGUUCAAGGACCGGGGCGUCUACGUCCUCACUCCAAAGGGACUCCACGUGCUGGAGCGGUUCAUGAGCAAGAAUGGCAUCAGCGGUGACCACCUCGCCAACGCGUUCGCAACGCAACCCAUCUGCAUGAAAUUGCUGCAUCUCGAGCGAAGAUCCGUCGACGACGAGAUUAUUGUGUCGCAUUCAGUGAUCACUGCUCUCUUCCGUCGCUUCGUGGGUCGUCACCCCAACUAUCCGCCGGAGAAUUUGGAUUCCAUGGAUGCCUUCCAAAAGUAUCACGAGCGGUCGAAGGGGGUUGCGUUGAUGGACAUUACUGAACGGCCCAUCGGGAGCAAGACAUCGAUGACUCACAAGUGUUGUUUCAUGGCUGUGACGGCGUUGGAGUGGCUGUGUGACUUCACCUCAGUCAUUGGGCGAGAAGAGGCGGCUGAGAUGGCUGCGCAGUUUGUGCGCUUUGGGUUGAUCCAGCUUGUCAGCGACAAGCGGAAGAACAAUGAUUCGGCCAUCAUCUUUACCGUGCGCGGUGCCUCAGGAGGUCAAAAUUCUUCAAUCGCGCAAGUCGGCGAGUUCCGCUGUACGGCGAAGGCCAUCUACAGGGUGACUGAGGAGGGUCGGCAGCUAGCUCGCUGGGACAUGCCAGACGGGGCGCGGGGCUCACCGAAUCCUUCUUCGUCAAACAUGGCAGGCACGCGAUCCUCCGAUGACCAUACGUCGGAAACACAAGCUGGGGAUCCCAGCGCUCCUGGCGCUGAUGUGAAGCUUCACCGCCGGAUUUCUAUGACCGAGAAGCUGAACGCAAGCCAUGACGCGGACCAGAAGCAGAAGGAGAGCAAUUCAGAUCGCCUCAAGUACAUCAUCGAGGAGCCUCAACUGCGAUCGUUGUUUCGUGAUUUCCUGCGGAGCAAUUUCUGCGAGGAAAAUCUAUCUUUCUAUCUGGAUGUCCAGGAUUUGCGAAGGAAGUUCCACAUCACUUCGAGCGCUAUGGCUUCCACAGCUGCGGCGCGCCCUAGCCAAAAGGCUACGCCAGGUCAGGUCGCGAUGGAGCGUCAUCACGAGACCCUCAUCCAGACAGCGUUCGUUAUCUACAACACAUAUCUGGCUCCUUCGAGUCCGAAUGAGCUCAACAUUGACCACGGGCUGCGGAACGAGCUCUCCGUAUGGCUCAAUGAGGUCAUCACGGGCUUGAGCGGCAAAGCCUUUCAAGGGCGGGUGGAUAUCGACCACGCGAAUGCCUUCAAUGCGACACAGCUGCAGGCCAUGAUCAAGCUGUAUGAGCGCAUCCAGAUGCAUGUGUUCCGGCUCAUGGCCACGGAUUCGGUUCCCAAAUUCAUCAAGACUCCAAAAUUCUUGGCGUUGCGAAUCAAGCUCGAUGACGAGGACGAUGGUCCUAACGGUGAUUCUCCUGUGAUGGCAUCGAGCGGGUCGACACCAUCAAUGCCACCAGGGCUGAACGACGAGGAAAUUGGUGGAGCCUACGUGACGAUUUCUGCACGGGCAGCUGCGCAAGAGCGUGCACAGACCAGCGGCGAGCGAUCAUCAUAA